AUGUACAUGUACGAGUACUCCGUGCACCGUGGCUCUCCGACGGCGGCACAGCUUCGGCGGGCACGCACGUCCAAGGCGCAUUUGAUCCUGUUUAGCCAUUGGAGGGCCGAGGACGUAUUCGUAUGCAAGCACCUGAGCUUGGCGCCGUGGGAAAUGGGACAUCCAUUCUUUCACAAGCAACGACGCAGCGCGCACCAAUCCGAGGGCCAACCCACUUUCUGUGCGGAGGUCGAUGUACUCUCGGAGCACGGUCUGCGCCGGCUAGUACGGAAUAUGCAGCAACGGGGUCAUCGCCAGCCACAGGCGCAACGGCGCAGAGGCGCAAAGGCGCAAAGCCACCGCGAGAUUCCGCCAAAGCGGAAAGCAAGGAAAUGCGAGACGCAGGAGAGGAGAGGCCCAGAAGCCACCAUCGUCUGGGCGUCAGCCGCUGAUCUCUGUUGCAGCAUGCAUCACACUGGCUGGCCACGCCGUUGGCUAACAACGUCGGCCUCACUAUGGGUGCUAUCUCCGGGACAUCAGCCAUCCAGAUGGAACUGGUUCCGGCCUCUCUGGGGUACCCAUGGGCAAACAAGUGGUGCGAGUAAAUCCGAGAAAUACCACCUCACGACGCACUCGGUGGACCCUCCGUGUGCUCCGAUAUUUGUCCAAUUUCUGGUCCACCUUGGUCCCGCCUUUGAUCAACGCAAUCGCGGAUAUGCCAGUUACGGCGACUUGAGCCCCCGAAUUGUAAACAAGACGCCGUUCCUGUGUUGGGUUUUGCAUGCGAGUGUAUCCAAUGACGCCGAGCUCGCCUGCUGCGAGGACUGA